CAGCGCCCUCGUGCAGAAAAGGUGGGAAAGUGUGUUUUUUGGGAAGAAGGUGACAUUUUUUCGCUAGAAAAACUCACUGUAAGAAUUUCUUUUGUGUGCCGCAUAAGAGUCUCCUUGGGUGAAGAUGAACAUCCUCCACCUGCCCGACUGCAUGAUAGCUCAGAUAUUUGAGCAUCUGCCGUACGACGAAGUGGCAAAGAAGCGCCUGGUUUGCAAGCGCGUGGACGCAAUAUGCCAGAGAAUUCUCAACAGGGGCUUCAUGAAGAUGGUUCGCCUGCACGGGAUCAACAUGAAGAAGAUCAAAUCGAAGCUGCCACGCAGGGAAUCUGAGCGAAGGAAUCAUCCUCUGGCGCGCCACGCGGACAUUCUCACGUGCAUCGAGACGCGCAUUUCCAUGCUCACGAUGACUUAUGGGAAGUACAUUGACGCGAAGCUGUGCUGCUUCAUUCCCGGCAAAGUGAUCGACGAGGUGCUGCGUUUGCUGCGUCUCGUGCAGGAGACGACCCUGCAGGUGCGCUCGCACGAGAUUCUGCAAGAGCUGCGCGACAUCUCCUCGAUGGCGAUCGAGCACUUUGACGAGAAGAUCUCACUGGCGCUGAAGAAGACCUUCAUCGAGACGACAAAGCAGCGUCACGCGGCCGCGCCCAGCCUCACGCAAAUCAUCACAGAUCACGUCCUCCUGACCGACUUCAAUCCCGCCCGCCCCAGCACCAGCGCCCAGGACGCCCAGGUUGUGAGGAAUCGCCCGGACUGCAUCACGGCGCGCCGCAACCGCGUGACCAUCGGCAAGAUGGAGCAGCGCUACAACAGGGCCAUGAACAAGGUGAAUCGCCUGAUUCAGCUGCAGAACAAGCAGGUGCGCCUCAUGCGCGCCAACGUCACCAACAUGACGGAGAUGAGGACGCAGAUCGCCGACCUGCGGCGCCGUCUGGACGAGUCUGAGGCCAAGAAUCGCGAGAUCUCGGCCAACAUCAGCCAAAUCAAGGAGACCGGGCAAAUCCCGCAGAGCGCCCCAAUCCGCACGAGUCACAUCAAGCCGCGCAUGGCCACGAUCAUCCUCAAGCGGCGCAUCUCCGGCAGCAGCGCGGCGCCGGACGAGGCCGGCGAGAGCUCGAAGAAGCUCCGGCCGGUGGAGUGAGUGACACAGAGAGCCGUCUCAAGUAUUCACAGCCCCGAUUAUUUUCUCUCCUCUCCACAUAAAUCAUUAUGUCUCGUUAGAAUUAAUGUAAAUCCUACAAAACUGCUUCUCUUGAACUUAUAUUUUGUGUGUAUUUCACAGAACAUACGAAUUACGCGAUUAAUUUCAAUACGAAAUGAUAUAUAUAUAUUUAAUCAACUGUAGACAUGGAUUUUUGUAAGAAAAAAGAUGAAAUUUACAACAGAACUUGUUGGCGAACAAAAUAAUAAAUUAUAUCUUCUCAAAAUGUACAACAAAUCAGGAAAAAUCAGUGACGUGCUGAAUAUGUUACAAAAAGUUCGAUCUUCAGCCAAACCGUCGUUGCAACUUUAAGCUUUCAUAACAAGUUGUCAAAAAUAUGAAUUCGUAAAAAGGUGUUGCAAGAUUACAAUUCAUAUCUUCUUCAAUUUAUAUCUUCUACGAGAGACCUGAAAUGUUUCAAACGCAUUGACGUUUGGCGUCAAUUCAUAUACUUAAGAUUAUAUAUUUUCGAACAUUCUUUGAUCCUUUCCAAGGAAAAUAAUUGGUUUCCCAAAGCAUUUUCAAGCUCAUAUAAAGCUAUGUGGAGGAAUAUGAUCAGAAACUGGAGCGUAACUUGGAGCAAAAUCUUGCACUUUUCCGCUACUUAAAAAGAGGUUCAAUGAAAUAACUUUCUGACAGCUAAAAUUCGUAUGAAAUAAACUCUCAAUUUCGCCUUGCAACACCUUUUCGUUCGCAUUUCAUUCGUGCCGAGCGGACGCCAAAAAAAUGAGAACGUAAAGUUGCAACACCGAAUUGGUAGCUUUUACGAACUGAAAUACGAAAUCCACAAUGUUGCAACGAUUCACAAAUUUCAAAGUCUUCAGAAUUGAACAAAACCACGUCAGAAUUGAAACUCAUCAAAGCCACGAAAGUGCGAAUGAAGAGCGGCGCUUUAUCAUCGCGGACGUCGAUCGUGGAUUGAGAUACCCAUCGGGAUAGCGCCGGAAUCACUGACUGAGUCGACUGAGUAUUGGUGAUAAUGCACGAGCCGGAGUGUUAACUUAUCACGCGCAAUUG